GCUAUUCACAGGCUUCAUUUGGAAGGGGGUCCACGCGUUAUUUCAACACAAGUGGGCCUGUAUGAGGACGUUAUAUUGGCACUCACAGGCCUCCACUCAUCCGUACUGAAAUCUGGAUGAAUCAGUAAGAGCAACAAAAAAAAAGAAAAAGCGGAAAAAAGUGCGUGUUUUUUUUAAAAAAAACAAAAAACAAAAAAAGAAAGGAGAGAGAUAGAGGGAGAAAAUGACCCUGGAAUCCAUAAUGGCGUGUUGUCUCAGCGAGGAGGCGAAAGAAGCCCGGCGGAUCAACGACGAGAUUGAAAGGCAGCUCCGCCGGGAUAAGAGGGACGCACGCCGGGAGCUGAAACUGUUGCUUCUCGGCACUGGAGAGAGUGGGAAGAGCACUUUCAUCAAACAGAUGAGGAUUAUCCACGGCACUGGUUACUCUGACGAGGAUAAAAGAGGCUUUACCAAACUGGUCUAUCAGAACAUCUUCACAGCCAUGCAGGCCAUGAUCAGGGCCAUGGAGACGCUCAAGAUCCCCUACAAAUAUGAGCACAACAAGGGUAACGCCAACAUCGUGAGAGAGGUGGACGUCGAAAAGGUCGCUGUGUUCGAGAACCCUUACGUAGAUGCAAUCAAGAGCUUAUGGAAUGACCCAGGCAUCCAGGAGUGUUAUGAUCGAAGGAGGGAAUAUCAGCUCUCUGACUCUACCAAAUAUUACCUGAACGCAUUGGACAGAAUCGCUGAAACAGCCUACCUUCCCACCCAGCAGGAUGUGUUAAGGGUUCGAGUACCGACCACGGGCAUCAUUGAGUACCCGUUUGACCUGCAGAGUGUCAUAUUCAGGAUGGUGGAUGUCGGGGGUCAGAGGUCAGAAAGGAGGAAGUGGAUUCACUGCUUUGAGAAUGUCACAUCCAUCAUGUUCCUUGUAGCCCUCAGCGAAUACGACCAAGUGUUGGUGGAAUCAGACAACGAGAACCGGAUGGAGGAGAGUAAAGCCCUGUUUAGGACAAUAAUCACGUACCCCUGGUUCCAAAACUCUUCAGUCAUUCUGUUCCUCAACAAGAAGGACCUGUUGGAGGAGAAGAUCAUGUACUCUCAUCUGGUCGACUACUUCCCAGAGUAUGAUGGUCCCCAGAGGGAUGCCCAAGCAGGGCGAGAAUUUAUCCUCAAGAUGUUUGUGGACCUGAAUCCAGACAGCGAUAAGAUCAUCUACUCUCACUUCACCUGUGCCACUGACACAGAGAACAUCCGUUUUGUCUUUGCGGCUGUGAAAGACACCAUCCUGCAGCUCAACCUAAAGGAAUACAACCUGGUGUAGAGCAGAGCAGAGGAGAGCAGGGGGUCGGGGGCACCAACAGGAUGCCCUCAACACACUGACUGACGCAAUCUGUGAAAAGAUAGAUCAUAUACACCCACAUGAAAAAGAUCUGAGGAAAACAAAUCUGAUGGUUGCGUAAUACUAAUUUAUUUGCUAUUUGUUGAUCUCUUGGGUCCCAGAGGGUGAGCAAAGUAAAUGUUAUCUUGCUAUUUAAAGGAGUUGAUAAAAUGUAGGGAGCUAGGGGGGUAUUCGCAAGAGUCCUAGGGGGGCGAUUGUUGAACAUGUGCAGCAACAAUCCUCAUUUUUAGAUUUGGCACAUAGAAGUUUUUUUUGUUGGUUUUUGACAGAAAGAAAGAAACUUCUUUGUGCACUCGAGAUUUUGGGGGCUCAUUUUGUCUGUCAGCGUGAUACUUUCAGAGCUGGAACAAUGACAACGGCUCCCUCCCUCCUGCCUUUUUAUAAACAAGAAGGAAGGGGAAAAAAAGAUUUUCAUGCCUUUUUUUUUCUUUUCUUUUUCUUCCCUCCUUACCUGUCCGCUCAUUCUGAUGCUUCGUCCCGUUGCCCAUCAGAUCUCUAAUUGACAGCUUCCUUCUUCAUUCAAAGGACUGAUUGGCAAGUUUCUUCAUAAAUAAGGCAUUAACUGUGAUUUCUUUAAAGUAUUUCACAUUGUUUCCAUAUUGAUCGAAUCCUUAUCAUUAUAACAUUGCAUUGACUUUCAUACCAUCU